GGUCUAUCUGGUUUACCAAUAUCUUUCGGUAUCCCUCCUAACCUAUGUAUCAAUUUCUAAUUUUUUUAAUAUAAAUUGAGAAUCGAUUCUCUCUUUCUUUAUUUGUAAUUUGGAAAUUUGUUUUUUCCUUUAAUUUGGAAAGAUCCAUGUCUAAUUGUUAAAGACCUCAACAUAUUAAGAAAUAUAAGGACUUCUAUUGAAUUGGAUGGAUAAAAAAAGGAUAUGUUAAUUAUCAACUAUACAAUAACUCUCUGUUCAACAACUAAGAAGUUUCACAAUAAAAAGAAAAAUAAAAAUUGGUCUUCCCAUAUAAAACUUUUUUAAUUUACUGUUUUUUUAGGGUUUUUUUUUUUUUUUUUUUUAGUUUACUGUUAUUCUUCAUUGAAUGGAUUAUUUGAAUUUGAAAAACCUACCAUUUCAAACAAACAAAGCAUAUAAUACAGACAUGUCUCUCUUUGGCGUUCCCGCCGCCGACGACGGACUUAAUCCGGUGGUUCGCAUUGUGAUCAACAACAUCGUAAGCAAGAGGUUUGGCCUGACGAAAGCGGAAGUAUCUGGCCUGACUAUCGAGGAGAAGGCUCGCCUGAUCAAAUCAACCUUCUCCGAAGCAGAGAUAAAACGCCUCCUGGAAGAAGAGGUUAAUCGUUUCUUCGCUCCCUUCAAAUCCCUCUUACAUCUCUUUUUUCCUGCUCUCGCUGAAUGCGAAAAAAAGUUGGCAACAUCGAUGACACCGUUGAAUUUUACUUCAAUCUCAUCUUCUUCUCUGUUGGUGGUGUAUUUUCCCUCUUUGGCUUCUAUGUCAUAUCAAUUGCCCUAGCAAGACGCUGCCACACUUCCGCGAAGUGGUUGUGGAACAAAGUAUUUCCAUCAUCUCAACACGGUGUUGCUCGGUUAACAAACAAUGCUGCUCAGCAGGAGCGACAUGAGAGGUGCUUUUGUUUCUCUAAAUCUAAAUAUUCAAAAUCUCCAAAACUUAAGGGUCUUAAAGGCAUUGCAGAAGAAACCUACAUUCAAGAAACUGACACGGACUUUAGACAGGAAGUAAAGCAGCAUCAGGAAGGCACAUCUGGAGCAUUUGAUCCAAGCAGUAGAUCUACUGGUCUAUUGUGAAUGCGAGUCUUUCUCCUUGCUGGCAAAUAGUAGCUGUAAGUUGUGGCUACAAGUUCCUCAUUACAAACUCUCGUUGCAUAUUUACUUUUUUUUGGGAUUGUUGCUUAUUUCCUUAUAUUUCAUCUUCUUCCCGUUAGCUUUUAGAAUUUCUACUUUUACCUUUUACUUGAGGGUGAGAUACAUGAUUCCCUCAGUCUUCACAUUCUGUCCAUGAAGCACAGAGUGAAGGGGAAAUUACAUUAUAAAGGUUUCAUUUGUGUUGACAACUAAAUAACCAAUCAUUUGUUCAGUUGUUUAUAUCAUAGUUGAUUCUCUUCUAUGUG